ACACACACACACACACACACACACACACACACACACACACACACACACACAGAGAAACACACUGUGGGCUGACAGGCUUCUGGUUGGUGUGAGCGGUGUGACCGACCAUAAUCACACACACACUACGUGACGGGAUUUAUUAUAAUCUAAACUGACGGUGAAACCUCCUCUGGGUCGGCCGGUCUGCCUGUACCUCAGAGCUUAUAUUAAACACUCCUGUCUAACCGCCAGGAAUUCAAUGUUUUUACAAUGGAAUGGUGAAGGUGAUAUUCUCUGAGGCAAGACAGAGAGAAAGACGGAACGGAAAAAACGUCUUCAUUGCCACCUGCAUGAAAAAGAAAAGGAUGAACGAUGAGAGAUGUGACCGUUGAGCGCAAGGACGUGUGCAACUCAUCUAUGCAUGUGAGGUGAACCCUAUGCUGUCUCACCCCGCCCUGCUGGCCGGAGGACAGAAUAACCUCAUCACCAUGGAUACGGACCAUGGCGGUCAUGCCACUUACCCGCAAUCCCCUUCCUCGCACCCACACCUCCCUCCUCCUCAUCCUCCUCUCUCUUCUCCUGCGUACCCCCCUCGUUCUCCCCCUCGACAGCUACCCUGUCCCUCACCCCCUCUCUCCUCCUCCUCUCCUUCCCCCCUUCUUCCUCCCUGCUCUCUUUCCUCCUCUUCCUCCCGCUCCUCCUGUCUCUCCUCCUCCUCCUCUUCCUCCUCCUCCUCCUCUUUACCACAACCAUCUACCCUCCAUUCAGCCCCUCUCGCCCACUCCUCCCUCUCCUUGACUCUCCCCUCCCUCUCCUCCUCCUUCUCCUCCUCCCUCUCCUCCCCUCUCCUCCGGCCCCUCUGGUUCCUCCGGCUGGUUCUACCCCUGAUGGCGCUCCUGCCCUGCCCGGCCCAGGGCACCCGGUUCCGGGUGGGCGUGGUGGGACCCUGGGGUUGUGACCCUUUGUUCUCCAAGGCUAUGCCCGGCGUGGCCGCCCAGCUCGCGGUCGACCGCAUCAACAAAGACCCCGCCUUGUCCUGGGAGGACACCUUCGACUAUGUGCUGCUGCAGGAGCCGUGCCAGACGGCCCGUGGUCUGCAGAGUUUCCUGGGCUUCCAGAGCCAGGCGUCGGCCUUCAUCGGACUGGCCAACCCCGUCUACUGUGACGCUGCCUCCAUGCUCAGCAAGGGCUGGAACAAGGCUAUGUUCUCCUGGUGGUGUGAGGGCCACCGUCUGGAGGACGUCCAGAGCCACCCCAGCUUCUCCCGCUCCACGCCCCGGCCCAGCAGAGUAUUGCUCAGCCUCCUCCGCUACUUCCGCUGGGCCCACGUGGGCAUCAUCUCCUCCCCGGAGCCCGUCUGGGCGGAGACCGCCAACAUGGUGGCGGACUCCCUGCGGAGUUAUGGAGUGGUGGUGAGGCUGGUCGAUGUCGUGGAGAACAGCCCCCAGAGUGCCAGGAAAACCCUCGCUAAGUUCCACAAGCUGGGACACAUGCAAAUGGUGGUGCUCUGCAUGCACUCGGUGCUGCUGGGCGGGCAGACCCAGCGGCUGCUCCUGGAGACGGCCUACGACAUGCGCAUGAGCGACGGCGGCCUGGCCUUCGUGCCCUACGACGCGCUGCUCUUCAGCCUGCCGCACCGCAACGUCUCGUACGACGCGCUGCGCACCAACGGCAAGCUGAGGCGGGCCUACGACGCCGUCCUGACCGUCACUGUCGAGUCGGCGGCGGCGGGCGACUUCUACGAGGCGUACGGGGCGGCGGUGGCGAGCGGCGAGGUGGGCAAGGCCUGGAAGCCACAACAGGUCUCACCUCUCUUUGGGACAAUCUACAAUUCUGUGUUGCUCAUGGCCUACGCUCUGCGGAGCCUCCGGGACUCAGGGGAUUGGCUGUCUGGAGGGAACCUGGCCCGGCACACACAGAACCUGGAGCUAGAGGGUUUCAGCCAUCCAAUCAGAACCAACGGUUCCAGCACUGCUCUGCUGAACUUUGUGGUUCUGGACACCGAUGGCCUGUCCUGGGAGCUGAGGCCAACGCACAGGGUGGAGCUGGAGGGCAACAUGGUGCACUUCCUGGGCAGAGACAUCCACUUCCCCAACGCAUACGGACCCAGCCAGGACGCUGCCUGUUGGUUCAACAAGGGGCCCCUCUGCUCUGCAGGUGUGAACUUGAUCCUGGCCGUCAGCAUCUUCCUUGGCGUCAUGGUUACCAUCUUUCUCCUGAUGGCUCUGUUGUACUGCGUGAGGCGACGCAUCAUUCAGAUCCGACUGGUCCGGGGCCCCAACAGGAUCCGGCUCACCCUGGCCGAUGUGACCUUCAUCAGCGCGUCGCUUUGCAACAAGAUGCUGAGCAUGAGUGACAGCAGGACCAGCGAGGCCAAGCUCAGUGUCAACGAACACAGCGUCAGGUCCAACGUGUCCGAGCAAUCCCCCGCCACGCACGAGAACUCCAACGUAGCCAUCUAUGAGGGAGACUGGGUGUGGCUGAAGAAGCUUCCAUCCGGAGCCUUCAAGGGCCUAGACCCAAACACCAGCAUUGUGUUUGAACUGAUUCAGGACCUCCGCCAUGAGAACAUCAACCCCUUCAUGGGCUUCUUCCAGGACUGUGGCGUGUUCGCCAUGGUAACGGAGUUCUGCUCCCGCGGCAGCCUGGAGGACCUGCUGCUGAACGAGGAGGUGAAGCUGGACUGGAUGUUCAAGUCCUCCCUGCUCCUCGACCUCAUCAAGGGCAUGAAGUACCUCCACAACCGGGGCGUGUGUCACGGCCGCCUCAAGUCCCGGAACUGCGUGGUGGACGGCCGCUUCGUUCUGAAGAUCACCGACUGCGGCUACAACGAGGUGCUGGAGGCCCAGCGGUUCAGCCCCCCAGGGCCCCCCCCCCCUGAGGACCUGCUGUGGACGGCUCCCGAGGUGCUUCGAGGUGGGCAUCCCGGUCUCCACGGCAACAAGCACGCCGACGUGUACAGCUUUGGCAUCAUCAUGCAGGAAGUGGUCAUCAGGGGGCCGCCGUACUGCAUGCUGGACCUCACGGCCACAGAGAUCCUGGAGCGUGUGACCAAGCCUCCUCCCAUCUGUCGGCCCGUGGUCAGCCCGGACUACGCCCCCGCAGAGUGCAUACACCUGAUGAAGCUUUGCUGGAGCGAGCAGCCAGACAGGAGGCCGGCCUUCGACGAGAUCUUCAACCAGUUUAAGGACAUCCACAAGGGUAGGAAGACCAACAUCAUAGACUCGAUGCUGCGUAUGCUGGAGCAGUACAGCUCCAACCUGGAGGAGCUGAUCAGGGAGAGGACUGAAGAGCUGGAGAUAGAGAAGCAGAAGACUGAGAAACUACUCACGCAGAUGCUGCCCAAGUCCGUGGCACAGGCCCUGAAGAUGGGCACCACGGUGGAGCCCGAGGACUUUGAGUCGGUGUCCCUGUACUUCAGCGACGUGGUGGGCUUCACCACCAUCUCAGCCCACAGCGAGCCCAUCGAGGUGGUGGACCUGCUCAACGACCUCUACACGCUGUUCGACGCCAUCAUCGGAAACCACGACGUGUACAAGGUGGAGACUAUCGGCGAUGCGUACAUGGUGGCCUCUGGUGUUCCCAUACUGAACGGAGACCGGCACGCCGCCGAGAUCGCCAACAUGGCCCUGGACAUCCUCAGCGCAGUGGGAACCUUUAAGAUGAGACACAUGCCCGACGUUCCACUCAGGUUACGCAUAGGACUACACACAGGUCCGUGUGUAGCAGGAGUCGUCGGUCUUUCCAUGCCUCGCUACUGUUUGUUUGGCGACACAGUGACCACAGCUUCCCGCAUGGAGUCCAGCGGCAUGCCCCAAAGGAUCCAUGUGCACCAGAGCACGGUGAAGAUCCUCCUAGACCUCCGCCUGGGGUACAAGUUCACGCUGAGGGGUCGCACCGAGGUCAAGGGUAAGGCAGAGGAGACCUACUGGCUGGUGGGCCGAGAGGGUUUCGACAAACCAAUGCCUAUUCCUCCAGAAUUCAAGCCAGGGCAGAAGGCCCAAACGCUGCAGAUGGAGGAGAUUGCGCAGUACAAGAAGCGCAAGGCCCAGCAGCAGCAGCAGCAGCAGCAGCCCGCGAGUAAGAAGAACUGAGUCUCCCUCCCCCUGUUCCUCCUUCCUUUUCUUUCUUACUCCUCUCUCUUCUCCUCCUCCACCCUUCUUCUCAUCCUCUUCCUCCACCUCUUCUCCUCCUCCUCCUCUUCCUCCCUGCAGGGCCCUGGAGGAGGUCGGCAGGGCUUCCUUCAGGUCCUCCAUCAGGCUGGUGGGAGGACGUCACAUGCCCCCCUGGGGACUCUGCUUCUCGUUACCCACGGCAACCAGGACAACAGCAUGAUGUCACCCCACUGUCUGACCACCGCGGCAUAUGUUUUCUUAUAGUUACUAUCACUGCAAUUAGGGAAAUGAUGACGGUACCUUUUGGUGUGUGUGUGCGGG